GCACAUUCGCAUGCGGGUGCAUGUGCCGCUGGAUGUAACGCUUGCGCAGUCGUGGAGCAUCGCCAGACAGCUCGCCGCGACGGGUGCAUCUCGCAGCAGUUCGCGGUCGUCCUCUAAAGCAGGCCCAUUAGUCGCUCAGCAUCCCCGGCCGCGGCAAAUACACGUUUUUCAUACAUAUACUCUUUCCUCACUUCGUUAUCCAUUUCCUCCCUGUCCCAUCAUUCGACGAAUCACUUAGUUCGAUCACUUUAGACUCUUGCUACUUCAAUUUUCACCCUCGAUCGCAUCUCUCCGGCAAUUCGGAGAGUGGUCCCGGGUUCCGGGUCCCGGUUAGAUGGACUUUGGCACACGUGCAAAACGCGCUCAGUUAGACCACGCGUAUCCUUCAGCAUUCGAUCUACGCGUGUAGAUACUCAUCAGAUAUCCCCAAGAAAGAAAUCGAUGCCGAAAGUCAUCCUCCAUCGACGCAUUGUUUUCGGCAAUCGAACGAUCGUUUGCGCGAGUUUCUCGCGUUUGUCAAUCUAAUCGGUCGCUGAUUGGAGCAUGGACUUCCGAGUGCGAGGAAGUCUGUAGAAGAAGCUAUCGAGUGAAAGCUAACGAGACGACGUCGUUCACCGCGACCGGAAGGUCGCGUAGGUGUCGAGGUUGGCCGGGGUUGUCGACACGACGGCGAGCGCGUCGAGGAGGAGAAACGACGGUGGUCACGGUUAGCGUUUCGGCUAAUGGUCGAAACGUCAAUCCGUCAGUAUACGCUCAAGUUCUCGAUGCUGCAGCCACCGUCUCCCCUCCUGGAGAUGGCGUCCCUGAGACUACCGGAUUCGGAGGAGUUUGACGUUGAUACGCGCCGCAGGAGUAAUAACGGCAACGUGCCGGCCACGACAGUCGCGACCGUGCCGCCGGGUACCGGUACCUUCCUGCAGAUGAGGGACGAUCUGGGUGAUUAUUUCAACAAUCUGAUCACGGAAGCGAUCGCAACGACGAGUCCGCGUGCCACUAUGGAGGAUCAAGUCCUAUUGUUCAAUGCCAGUAAGAACCUGUCGGUGAUCGAGCACGCGUCCGAUCGGUUUUACAGGCACAGCGUGGCCAUGUCAGCGGUCUACUGUGUGGCGUACGUAGUCGUCUUCGUAGUCGGUCUGAUCGGCAAUAGUUGCGUUAUCGCCGUGGUGUAUCGGUCACCUCGCAUGCGGACCGUCACGAAUUUCUUCAUUGUCAAUCUCGCGGUAGCCGACGUGCUCGUCAUUGUCUUCUGUCUGCCGGCCACGUUGAUGAGCAACAUUUUUGUCCCGUGGAUCCUGGGAUGGUUCAUGUGCAAAGCGGUUGCUUAUAUACAGGGCGUCUCCGUAGCAGCCUCCGUCUACAGCUUGGUUGCGGUCUCUCUGGACAGGUUUUUGGCAAUCUGGUGGCCGUUAAAAUGUCAAAUCACGAAGCGGCGAGCUCGCAUGAUAAUCGUCGUAAUCUGGUUCAUCGCUCUGACAAUGACGUCACCCUGGUUGCUAUUUUUUGACUUGGUCUCCAUCUACGACGAUGAUCCCGAUUUACGUUUCUGUCUGGAAAAGUGGCCGCAUCCUAAGGACGGCUCACUAUUCUUUCUGAUUGGCAAUUUAAUUCUUUGUUACGUGUUACCGAUGAUACUCAUAUCUCUCUGCUAUAUUCUCAUCUGGAUCAAGGUGUGGCGCAGGCAUAUACCCACCGAUACUAAGGACGCUCAGAUGGAGAGGAUACAGCAGAAGUCAAAGGUGAAAGUGGUCAAGAUGUUGGUCGUGGUCGUGAUACUCUUCGUCCUCUCAUGGUUGCCUCUCUACGUGAUCUUUGCUGUAGUCAAACUGGGUGGCGACGUGGCUGAGAGGGAGGACGAAAUUCUGCCGAUCGCCACGCCGAUCGCUCAGUGGCUGGGUGCCAGCAAUUCCUGCAUAAAUCCGAUCCUUUACGCUUUCUUCAACAAGAAGUACCGGCGCGGCUUCAUCGCCAUCCUAAAAAGCGGCCGGUGCUGCGGCAAACUCAGGUACUACGAGACCGUCGCGAUGAUGUCCUCCUCAACGAGCAUGAGGAAAUCCUCUUAUUAUGUCAACAACAAUAACAACUCAUCGACGAGACGCUGGCACGGACCACCAGUCCAUCAGGAUAGCAACGUUUCUUACAUAUUCAAUCACACUGGUGUGUAAUUGUAGCCAUGUGAGUCGAAGGUGCCCUGAGGUAGCCUUUAUUGUGCUGAUUUGAUACCCGAUCAACGGUAGACAAACUGAAAGAGAACGCGGUGGCCUUUGCAUCUCGAUCGGCCACUCUAACGUAUGAUCGAAGCCAAAAUCUGGCCGAAGUCAGCCAGUCCGAGAAUUAUGGGUCAUCUUGGAUGAUCGACAUGAUUGUUACUCGGGCCGGAAGUAGUCAAUGGAAAAAACGGAGAGCCGGAGGAGAAGAAGCCUUUCCCGGCAGACCACGAAUCGUUGCCCUGCCAUUGCCCUUACAAAAGACAUCAUUAUUUGGAUUUUGUCACAAUGUUAGCCACUGCGUAUCCUACGUAAUAUAUUCUAAUUGUUAAGACGAGUUCACCGCUGCGAGCGCGCGGUUGUACAAUUGUUCGUCCAACGACACGACGAAGUAGCUUUCUAGAUGAUCCAAGAGACGAGAUUUACGCUUCAAUGAAUCUUAGAACUUCUUCUAUGUUUGAGAUAUUUGUACGGUACGUUUGAACGAAGAGUCUAGUUAAGUCUAUCAAUUAAAUGUAAAGUAGGAUGGGGUUUGUUACGAUUGCGGCGGAUGCAUGCACCCUUGUAUGUCGAGUACGUCAGUACGUAAUUAGCGCGACAGCGGUGAGUGGCGAUGAUGAUUCGUGUGAACGCGAAUACGAAUUGAGUCGUUGUCUCUUGAUAAUAGACACACUGCAUUUCCGUCAUGAAAACAAUUAAGCCGAUCCUCAUCAGUGGGAUAUCGUAAUUAAGGAGGCAGAGUGGAGGUAUGUGCACCAAUUAACAUGGAGCUUUAUCGAAUAUACGACGGAAGGCACAGCAUAGUGUAAGACUCGAUUUUGUUUCGUAUUUCAUACGAGUGGUCUUCGAACAGAAUAAGAUAUUGAUAAAAUAAAUCGCAUAAGGCAUUAUCUACGCGUGUAUCUAAUACUGCAUACCGCAGAUUCAUUCGUACACGUCUCGUACACGUUGAGAUCACCAGUUGCACUAAAAAUCGAGAUUAGAUAACACGAAUCCAUAGCGAGACGAACGAGCACAUAAUAAUUUGCAGAUUGUCAUUAAUGGUCAAUAUUGUGAUUAAA